UCCCACAUAUCAUAUAUUAUUCUCUUGUCUGUAUAACCAUCUGAAGCUAGCUAGCCAUGGACUACUUGAUGAACUCUGUGCUCAACUUGGUGGUCCCUCCGGCGAGUUUGCUCAUGCUGGCCUUCGCAUGGCCUGCACUGUGCUUCCUCAAUGUCUGUGAGUGGCUUUAUCAGAGCUCCAAUGGCGAGUAUAUGGACGAUAAGGUCGUCAUCAUCACUGGUGCUUCUUCUGGCAUUGGAGAGCAAAUUGCAUAUGAAUAUGCAAAGAGGAGGGCAAAUUUAGUGUUAGUGGCUCGCCGGGAGCAACGCCUGCGAUGGAUCGCCGAGAAUGCAAGUCUACUAGGUGCAAGCCAUGUGAUAAUCAUGGCAGCAGAUGUAGUCAAGGAAGAUGAAUGCAGAAGAUUUGUCAAUGAAACCAUAAGUAUUUUUGGCCGUGUGGAUCAUCUUGUGAAUACAGUGAGUUUGGGACAUACAUUCUAUUUCGAAGAAGCUACAGACACAUCAGUUUUCCCGCUUCUUCUGGACAUCAAUUUCUGGGGCAAUGUUUACCCAACGUUUGUCGCUCUUCCUUACCUUCAUCAGAGCCAUGGCCGUGUGAUUAUCAACGCGUCGGUAGAGAAUUGGUUACCUCUGCCAAGGAUGAGCUUGUAUGCUGCUGCAAAGGCUGCACUAGUGAACUUCUAUGAGACACUAAGAUUUGAACUAAAGAAUGAGGUUGGAGUAACCAUAGCAACACAUGGUUGGAUUGGAAGUGAAAUGACAAGUGGCAAGUUCAUGAUGGAGGACGGUGCUGAUAUGCAGUGGAAGGAAGAAAGAGAGGUGCAUGUGAGUGGUGGAUCUGUCCAAGAAUUUGCGAGAUUGAUCGUAUCAGGAGCAUGUCGAGGCGAGCCGUAUGUGAAGUAUCCGAGUUGGUACGAUGUUUUUGCACUAUUUCGGGUUUUCACUCCCAAAAUUCUCAGUUGGGUCUUCCACCUCCUUAUUUCAUCCCAAGGGGUUAGAAGAAGCUCUUCCCUUUUAGGCACCGGAAAACCGAUAACUUACGCUGCAAGUUAUCUCUCUGAUUAAAAAAUGGACAACCAAUCUCUUGCACAUACUCUAUUGAGUACGUAUGGCUUGGACUGUCCUUAUAAGAUGUUGAUGGUUUAGAUUUUCUUGAACAAGAUUUUAAAAUAAGAAACAAUUAAUACAAAUUUAGACCAUCCAUGUCAAAGUUGGACUAGUUCAAACUAGAUGUACAUCUUGCAAGCGAUACAAUAAGCUUUUACAAGCCAAAAUCUCUUUUCUAUGGUUCAAGUUUGCUAUAUGUAAGUUCUGUUGAACUUAUUUCCACGAGUCUCGUUGUGAGAAACAUUAUGAACUAUUAUUGGA